AUGUUUUCUAAUCAAGUUUCUGCGAUCUCUCAUUCACAAUCCGAUCAGCCUAGUCCACUACAAACAACUAAUAGCCAAUCAGAAACACGUUGUGAAUACUGUCGACGAAAAUGGAAGAAGAUUCUUUUGACGAGCCUAACAACAGUACUAAUGAUGACCAUAUGUGUUAUUGUUCCAAUAAUUAUGGCAAAGAAACAUUCAGAUCUAUUGGUUACUGUAGCAAGACGGACAACAACAGCAAGUGUUACGACAACAACUGCUACGACGACAACAACAACAACUGCUACGACAACAACAGCAACAACUGCUACAACCACGUUCACGAAAGGAUGGACAACGGCAGCAAAACUAAACAUCAAUCGGAAUCGGCAUACUGCUACUGUAUUGCAGAAUGGAAAGGUAUUGAUCACUGGUGGAUACGGUUACAAAGGAGCUCUUCACGAAUGUGAACUAUAUGACCCAUCAACAGAUCGAUGGACACUCGUCGCAAACAUGUCUGUCGCAAGGCAAUAUCACACCGCAUCUUUGUUGGCUAAUGGUUUGGUGCUAAUUAAUGGUGGUGUAAGUUCUGAUGGAGCUCUUUCAAGUGCUGAACUGUAUGAUGUAUCAGCGAAUACGUGGAUAAACACACGAAGUAUGAUCCAUCACCGAUCGGAACACACAGCCACUGUACUGCAGAGUGGAAAAGUGCUCGUUGCAGGUGGGUUUAACCACAAAGGAGAGUAUCUGGAUACUGCUGAACUAUACGAUCCUGAGACAGGUGUUUGGACAGCUACUCAAAACAUGAUCUGCAGUCGUGUGGAUCAUCAAGCAUCGUUGUUAACAAAUGGAACAGUACUAAUCACUGGUGGACUCGGUCUCUGCUCUAUAGGUAUGUCCCAAAAGACGAAUGAGCUGUAUGAUUCGGUAGCACAUGCGUGGAUCAGAACAAAUGACAUGAACUUUGAUCGCAUUGAUCAUACAGCUACUGUCCUCCAAGAUGGAGGAGUGCUGGUAACUGGUGGACGUGAUCUAGUUGGAUGGAUGUGGAACUCUACUGAAUUGUUCAACCCAUUCACGAAUCAAUGGACCACAACACGUAUUAUGAACGCCCCACGCUUUGCUCAUUCAGCGACUUUGCUACCCAAUGGAAAAGUCUUCGUCGUUGGCGGACAGCCCGAUCGCUCUUUAAACAGUGCUGAACUGCACGAUCCAUCUACCGGCGCUUGGGCAGUCACUGAUAACAUGAAACAGCGUCGCCCUUACCAUACAGCAUCUUUACUGACUAGUGGACAAGUCUUGGUUGUUGGCGGAUUUAUGGUUUCUCUUGCUGAGAUCACAGAAGUAUACUAUAGUGAGAUGUAA